AUGAAAUUCGUCAUUGUUUUCGUCGCUCUUUUCGGUUUGGCUUUGGCUGCUGUUAUCACUCGUGAGGAAGCUUAUGUAGGACCCGAAACCUACCCAUCCGUUGUUGAAAGCGAUAGACAAGCUCACUUGGAAGAAGGUCAAUUGAAGAACAUUGGAUCAGAAGAUGAAGCUAUCUCAAACAAGGGUCAAUACAGCUAUGUUGGACCCAAUGGUGUCACCUAUAAAGUCACCACCACUGCCGACGAGAACGGUUUCCAAACCCCAGCCGCUCAUUUGCCAGUUGCCCCAGAAUCACUAUAA